AUGUUUUCGAAACUAAUUUUGCUGUCAUUAAUUACUAUCCUUGGAUUGGGCACAAUCUGCAGAGCAGAGGAGGAAAAGGGGAAAUGUGGUCAUCCUGAAACGGAUUACAGUCCAUGUGUCAACAGGAGUCGAGCCGACGUACUAUUCCGCCAAUGUUGCGAACUAUACGUACCAGAAGGAUGCCAUACCUUAUGUCAGUACGAAAUUGAAGAUGUUCCAGCUCGAAAUUUGCUAAUGAAAGCAAUUGCAUCUAGAAAAUGUGGUCUGAAACAUAUCAGUGCUGUACUAUAUUGCGCCUCACAAAAUCAGGAUAAUCGCAAGUGUUGUAACCACUUGAAUUUAGCGGACAGUAAGCUGGGUGUUGGUGAUCGUUGUUUACGAUUUUGUGAUCCAGCAGGACAAGGCAUUAAUGCUAUCAGUAGGAAUGAUGCGACGUGUCUGUUUAACUUGAACGUAAUAUUUUACUGCCAUCAAAGUGGUAUCCCAUUAGAUUGA